AUGUCCCAUUCAACUGAUCAGCGGUCAUUUUUUAAAGAUGUUCAGCAACUUUAUCGCGUGAUUGAUACCUCGACUGACGGUCAAGCCUCCAUAGUGUCCGUGAAUGAAUUGUCAUUGAUUGUGUCGUUGAAUCCCAAAUUUGGUCGCAAUGCACACGCUGCGUUUAUUGUCAAUAUUGAUUGCCCUUUGAAUUAUCCAAAAGCCGGCCCUGAAGUUCGCUUUACUACGCCAAUCUUUCACCCCAAUAUCCGUCACUCUGAUGGGGACGUUUGCGUAAGCAUUCUCAAUGAGUGGCAUUGCUGUUACAGCCUGUUGGAUGUGGUUAAGGCCCUCAUCUACCUCAUUGAACAUCCAAAUUUUGAAUCACCAAACAACGAAUUUGCAUCGAAUGAGAAGCUGUUUGACGGAAAGACAUUGCGGCUACUAGCAGGUCUGCGUGUAAAUGGACGGCGAUUUCCGCCAAACCAAGCCUGGUGUGAGUGGGCAGAGGCCAAUGGAUGCCUGCCUGUUGAUGACGAAGAGAUUGAAGAUGAUUCAAACAACGUUGGAGAUGCGGUUGAGGCAGAUGAAAAGACCCAUCGCCGCUUCUCGAAUGCUUCCUCUGACACUGUUCCUUCUUUCGCCAAAAUUCGAUUCUCUCUUGAUUCUGUGAGUGGCACGUCAUCGUGGACAUACUACACGCAAGAUUACUAUUGCAGCUACUUUAAGACACAACGCAUUCUCAUUGGCCACCCAAGUGUGAACAACGAACCUUUACCUCCUUCAGUAUUCUACUACAGCGAGCUCCUUGGUAACCCUGAUUAUCGAGGUGAACUCGGUGAUCUUUACUGCACACUGUUCGCUGGCGACGUUUUGCCCACCAUGCAGGUCCACCCCGAAUCCAGACAAACCUCCUCUCUUUGUCCCUGGUACCUCUUUUACCUUAAUUCUUACCCUCCGUCCUGGGCCACGGAUUCUGUCUUCAAUCUGACCAAUCUGUUCACAUACACGGAACCACGGAGGCCUUCGUUGACUGCGGACUUUUGUCCGUGGUCCAUGCUGGAUGGACGAGGUACUCUAGACCUCUUUGGUGGGUUGUUUUGCGAAAAAGGGAUCUAUCCUCGUGGAAGUGACUUUUCUCUUGACGGUGAUGGUGAAGAUCUGGCUCAGCUUUUUAUUGAAAGCCUUCCGAUGGGAGGCAACAUCUGUGUCGAUGCAGAACUGGAAUACUCAGCUCAAAUUGUCGAAUCAAGUGAAUUAGAUUUGGAUGCUGAAUACAAAAAUAAUGAUGAAGCAGAACAGGAUGAUGACGAAGAAGAAGAAAGUGAUCAUAAAGAAGUAGAACAGCAGCCAGCAGUCAAAGCUGAAAUGCAAAAUAUGCUCGUCAAUGAUGCUUUAUCGACGAGUUCGUCGACAACUUAUCACCGAAUACCAUCCGAAUCUCGACUUAGCCUAUGCUCCUGGUGUUGUUCUAUUGAAUUUGAUGAAGCCGCAAAGUCAAUGAAUGCUAAGUUGCUUCCACGGUGGCAUUGGAUAUUUCGUCAGACACGAUGGCCUCUUCGGUUUGCGCCCCAACAGAACAUCGAGAUGUCCAUGAAUGGAAUCAGAAUCCCGCCAUGGCGAGCGAGUGCCGGAAGACUGCUGUCGGAUGUCAGUAGGUUUUGUUCAGAACAUCGUGAGGUGAAGAACCUUGUUCUUCUUGACCCCAUGGUAAAUUUUCACCUUCUUAUUUUUCAUCGACUGUUGAAACGUGGCGUAUUGUUGUUUUGGCUGACGAGUGUAGUUUGA